GAAUGAAAACCUUUCUAUGAGUCAUUGUGUGAAAUAAUCAAAAUAAUAAUAUUUUUUUUUUAUCAAUUUUUAAUGCAACGCGUCGUUUGUCGUGUCUAUCAACAGUCUCAACUCCGAAAUAUAUACAAUUCGAUUUAACUCAAUUUUCUUGAACGAGCAUUUUAUCUUGUCAAAGAUUAAAAUUAUCAAACAAAAAUAGCAAUUAUCAAUAAAUUGAUCGAUCAAUUUCGGAGUUUAAAUAUUGUGAAAGAAAAAGGAGCAUCCAUCUUAUCAACAUCUCUUUUUUGCGUCAGAUAAUAUAUAUAAAAAAUAAAUUAAAACUUGAGAAAAAAAAAAAAAAAAACAGGUCCAUACUUGUUUGCUUGUUUGUCCCAGGUCGUCAUUUUAUAUUGGGUCAUUGUCCCUUGGAGUAAAUUAGCUUUAAUUGAAUUUAAUAGUCAAUUGUUUGAAAAAACAAAUUCAAAAUGAGUGUUGAAACUAAAAAUAAUGGUGAUUUGUUUGAUAAUAAUGUUGUUGAUUGUAAAAAUAAUGGUCAACAUUGUGAUGAAAUAAUCAAUAAAGAUGAUGGAAGUGUUGGUGGUGUAGAUGUCAAUGAUGCAUUUACAUAUGGAAGAAAUACAGCAAGUGCAUAUUCACCAAAUCAUCAAUCAGCACCAACUGAAAAAUAUGCAAGCCAUUAUAAAAUGAAUCAUCAAAAACGUGGUCUUGCUAUGAUAUUUAAUCAUGAAUUUUUUACUGUAAGCCAUUUAAAGCCAAGAUCAGGAACAAAUGUUGAUUGUGAACAACUUGUUAAUACAUUAAAAGAUAUUGGUUUUGAUGUUAAUGAUUUUCAUAAUUCAACACACAAAGAUAUUGUUAAAAAUUUAGAAAGAGUUGCUGAAAUGGAUCAUUCAAAUCAUGAUUGUCUUGUUGUUGCUGUUCUAAGUCAUGGUGAACUUGGUCUUUUUGAUGCUCAUGAUACACCAUAUAAAGCCGAUUCAAUAUGGUCAUUUUUUACAUCAGAUAAAUGUCCAACACUUGCUGGUAAACCAAAAUUAUUUUUCAUUCAAGCUUGUCAAGGUGAUAGACUUGAUGGUGGUACUGUAUUAAAAGAUUGUACUGAAACAGAUGGACAACCAAGUGCACCAACAUUUAGAAUACCAUCACAUGCUGAUUUUUUAAUAGCAUACUCAACAAUACCUGGUUUUUAUUCAUGGCGUAAUACAACACGUGGAUCAUGGUUUAUGCAAGCACUUUGUAUUGAAUUACGUGAUAAUGGAUUUCGUUAUGAUUUAUUAACAUUAUUAACAUUUGUUUCACAACGUGUUGCUGUUGAUUUUGAAUCAAAUACACCUGAUAACAUUACAAUGCAUCAACAAAAACAAAUUCCAUGUAUCACAUCAAUGUUAACACGUCUUGUUAAAUUUACACCUAAAAAUUGUGUUGCCAAUUCAGCUCGUAGUCCAUCAACUUAAAUUCAUUUAUUUAUUUCGAAAUAAUUUUGCAUUUAUUUUACUCAUUUUUUCUUGCAUUUAUAAACAAUCGUCAUUUUUUUUUUAUAAGACCAAUUAUGAUUUUAUUUGAUGUCAAAAUAAGAUUAGUAAUUUGUUUUUUUUUUUUGGCGUAAUUGUAAUUCGUAAAUUGAAUUUAUUUAUAAGAUAUAUAUAUUUCGUGUUAGAAUAUAGAAAGUAAAAAAAAUUGAUAAAAAUUGGUGUGAUAAUGAUAAAAAAAAAUUGAUAAAUUUAUCAAUUGCGAUAAUUAAGAUUGCAAUAAUGUUAAUCAACAAUCUUUCUGCCUCCGAUUGUUCGAUUUUAUAUUUUUUUUAUAAUUUUUUUACCGAUGAAAUAAAUAGUGUUUAUUUCAAAUUAACAAAAAAAAAAACAUUUGAUAGCUUAGCUUUAUUAAUAAUUAAAAUUUUGUAACCAGGAUAAUCAGUUAGUUUGUAUCAGUGACCAUGACGAGAUUUGCAUUUAAUUAACACAAUUAUUGCUCAAGAACAAACGGUGGUAGUUAUAAGCCUUAAAAUAUCUUUCACAUUUAAAAUUUGAAAAAUAUAAAAUUGUGAUAAUCUUGUAGGAUUGUGGCUUGCACUUGUUUUCUUUUUUUUUUUUUUAAUUAAAAAAAUUAAGUGUGAUAUA